AUGCUGUUGAAUCUUGGCUUCACAGCGGACGCCGCAGUUUCCCAUUCAAAUGAACCUAGUAACCAACCAGAACCCCAGCCUUCUACGUGUACUGCUUACUCGCCCACCUUCUUACUAUCCGCUUUACCAUUGUUGAACUCCUUCUACAGUCCCCGGCUCACUGAUGGUACUGAUCGUCUGGGGCUUGUGUCCGCUAUGGCGAUGAGUCCGAUUGAGUCGGCCUCGGACUCGGGUGCACCCUCCAAAGAAUCAGCUGUUGUCGCCAGGCCCCGGGUCACCCGUUCAACCACAGGUCGGAGGUCUCGACCAAAGACAUCAUAUCAGUUCGCCCAUCCUGCCGCUCAUGCUCGCCACAAGCGGUUCAGAUUUCGUCCAAAGCUCCUCCUGCAGCUACAACAGGUGUCGCAAACCCCUCGGCCGCUGCCAGUGGUCGAUAUUCUGCCAUCGACAUCUUACCUGCCACUAUUGGCUCGCAAGUUCCCGGCCAUCUAUCGAACCAGAAACGGAUUGGGUCCGUAUGACCUGAUCGUGGUCUUGAGCGAACAAUAUGACCGGACAGUGGCCAGCAUUCCUGAAAAGCGCGUCAGUUCGGAGGAUGAGGACGAAGAUCAACGCGAGGUAGUCGCCACGAUAUGUCAAAAAUACCAAGAGGAUGCUCGACUGAAAGGGAAAGCGGAGAUAUGCAUGAACUUUGGACCCAUCUGGGAGGCUACGCCUCUCCCAAGCGGGACUUACGAGUUUGUUGCUCAGACAGAUAACGGUGUGCAAAUCGUGCGGUGGGCUCUGCGAAGUGGGAGGAAUCGUCGAAUGAGUACGCCCACAGGGACACAACCACGCGAGGACGGCAAACGCUUCACUUUCAGCGUCAUCGAUCCUACCACUCGCCGGCAUCCCGUUCUCGCGUCCAUGACUCGAAAUCAGUUAGAAGUCAACGAUGAAUAUUCCACAGCUGUUUGGUCCUCCGGCACCGGUCCCACGACUCCAAGCUCAGGAAUGUCAGUCGUGAGUGAUGCCUCGGAUGCAGAGACUCCCCUCGAUGGAAGCUUGGUCACUCUUGAUGAUGGAAUGCGAACUUUGAUUAUCAUCACCGGCAUCUGGGUCGCCUUCCGUGAGGGGUGGUCAGACAACUUUCGCUACGGAGAUUCGGUUUCUUCGCCUACAAAGUCGAUCACAUCUCCGACGGCGGCCAAGAAUGAAACCGACUCUUUCCCGACGAUGGAUGAAGACACCAAACGCUGCUUCUCGAUUUCCAAUGUCCGCCGUUCCACCACCCCAACCAUGGAUGGAACGCAAUUCGGUAAUUUGUCCAAGCGCUCCAACUCCACCGGUGCUGCAUUCAUGGAUCGAGCGAAUCGACGAUCCGCUUCUGGCCUUAGCAAUCGCCUGAACCGACACAGCAUGUUCACUGCCUUGGGCGAGAACGGCCGCGAUAUCGUUGUUUCUCGUCCUCCUUCUCCUCGCCAAAUUCCCAUUGAGAUGGAAGAUUCAUCUCGAACUACCCAGCCUAAAGCUAAAUCUCCUGCAAAAGCCCAGCCAGAAAGAGACAUCAAAUCAAAACCGGGGCCAGAUCGAGAUAGUGCCCCGAAUUACUGCAUCACACAGCCUAGCAGCGGCAAGCAGAAGCUGGACUCUCCACUCCCCGAACCUGUCGACUCAACCCCAAAAGGCAAAAUUCGCCACCGCAUCAGCACUUUCUUCGGCAUUUUCCACCGAAAACACGAUACUCAUUGA